GCUAAGGGACCUUCAUUGGACAAUGGAUCCGAGAUCAAACGCAUACAGGCUAUGCUCAACUCCAGAUGUGAUUGUAUUAGUAGAAAACAUCAACCCAACCAUAGCGAAAUGUAGCCAACUCUUUUAACCUCGUUCAAUAAACCGUUCACCGGUGCGGACAGAGAGAGUGCGUGGUCUGCACGUGGCACUCAAAGCAUCCUUGGCACUAUAGUCCAAGUUGGUCUGGUUUUAAGGCGAGGAUUGAAGAGCGCACAUUGACCUAGACGCGCAAUACAGGGAGGCAAACAGCGAAAGGAGAAAUCAGUUCCGUCCUAGUGCGGCAGCGGGAUAUGGAUUUUCCACCGGACAUUAGAGCGCAUCUCUAUUAAGAAGACGACUCUGAAGCUGUUGGUUGAAUGAGUGGCUUUCUUCUGGCUGGUUCAAUUACGUGACUUGCUCGGGAACGAAUCACGGAAAAGAACAACCGCCGAUGAUGAGAUAAAAUAAAAAGUUGAUCUCGCAAAAGAAAUAACUGUAGUGAAAGAAUACGUGUGAUAGAUUGAGUACCGCAAAUACUGCCACUUGGUCUUAGUUGUCACUUCAAUGGAGAAAUUGUUUCUAUUCGGAGGGAGAUGUCUAACGAUAAUUAUCAUCGUUUUAGUACUUUUCGUUGUGUUGGUGAUGAGCUUUCCCAACAAACACCACCACAAACGCCACAAUGGUGUUUUUUUGUUGGCUCGUGCUCAGCCGCCCAUCAGUGGGGUCCAUCAUAGACCGGAGGCCCUGGAGCAGCAGAACCAGGUCCAGAGCCUCCUCCCCCCUGUCACUGAGCACCGCCACAAGAGGAGGUGGUUCCACUCCCAGCACCGCUCCGUAGGGGUUCUGCCCCAGCCUGAGCCUGAGGAGAUCAAGCCCUUCGUUCUGGACCUGAAGAACUUCCCUGAGCUGGCCAACGCAGACAUCAGCUCGCAGAACCCCAACAUCCAGGUGACCAUUGAGGUGGUGGACGACCCUAACAUGGACUUAGAGAUGGAUCUGAUAAAGGACUGGAUCCCCUCGUCCUCUGUAGGCUGGCUGGGGGGUAAGAAGCUGUUCUGGCCUCUGUUCUGGGGAUACACAGACGCUGACUCCAGCGAGGAUGGGACGGGCCGCUCAGUGCCGGAGGACACUGGAGAGGAAGAGGAAGUCGAGGAAGAUUACCUGUUGGAGUAUGGUAGCGAAAAGCCCCUCCCUAGCGGUCGCUGGAACGAGGGUAGGGACGCCACACAGAGCUACUAUGAGAAGGAGGAGACGGAGGAGACGGAGGAGUGGAGUGCCUGGUCUCCGUGCUCUGUCACCUGUGGUCAUGGAGAGAGGAAAAGGAUACGGUCCUGUGGUUACUCCUGCACCCUGACAGAGGCCUCCAAAUGUGACAUGGAGCCUUGUCCAGACGAUGUCAACACUGUGGCUGAAGCUUUCCCCUUCGAGAUGGAGAAUGGCACUGAACCUUUUGGCACAGAUGUGGACACCUGUGAGAAGUGGCUGAACUGUAAGAGUAACUUCCUCCAGAGAUACCUCAACCAGGUCCUGUCAGAACUACCCAGCUGCCCCUGCACUUACCCCUCGGCCACCGCCGCCACCGUGGUCAGCGUCUUCGACGAGGGACACGACCGGACGUUCCGUUGGCGCGACGCCAGCGGCCCUAAAGAACGCCUGGACAUCUACAAACCCUCGGCGAGGACUUGCAUCCGCUCGGCCCUCUCCGGCGACGUCGCCACGCUCGCCGCCCAGCACUGUUGCUACGACAACCGCGACCAUCUGAUCACGCGGGGGAAGGGUGCGGGAACGCCCAACCUGAUCAGCACGGAGUUCUCACCGGAGCUCCACUUCAAGGUGGACGUGCUGCCCUGGAUCCUGUGUAAAGGGGACUGGAGCCACUUCCACGCACUGCGACCGCCCAACAAUGGCCUGGUCUGCCCGGAGAACCCCCACCAGGACGUGUUCAUAAACGAGCUGGAGGAGGCCCGGGAGUACUGAGAACGCGAGCAGUCGCCAAAACUACAUUACCCAGAAUGUGCCAGAACAGUGGGGUCCAAUCCUAACUUGAGAAAAGAAAGCAGGGAUGUUUUGCAUUGCAUUAAAGUCAAUAGGAAGUUUGGGGAUUGUGAAGUUGAAGGUGCAAGUUAAUCUCAAGUUAGGAGUUGGCACAUUAAACAUCAUGCGACCAGGCCCAACAGAAAAUAAUUGAACUUCAUUGAACUGAUCAAAAAAGAGAUGCAGUCCUGACGAUGUGUUUCGCAUCCAGUAAGAUUCCCAGCUCUCUCGAUGUCUGUCCACACUCCUGUGUGCAUGUAAGCAUGACGUUGUCAUCUAGCCUGUUGGUAUUGUAGGAGCUCUGUCUGUGUGACUGACCAUCAGUGUUGGUAACAUGUUAUAUAAUCAGAUUACUUUUAUGAGUAAUGGAGUAAAGUAACGCGGUACUUUUUCAAAUUGGGUAAUACAUUACAUGACCAAAAGUAUGUGGACACCUGCUCAUCGAACAUCUCACUCCAAAAUCA